AUGGCGGCUGCACGCAUGCUUGCAGCCUCGGAAAGUGCCUCUCACACCUCAGCAGCAGGUGAUUCGUCGGCUGUUGGUGUGAAAAGUCCACGUGGUGAGUCUUUACGUGCGACAGGUACAUCCUAUGCGUCUGCAGCGAGUGCUACGACUCGCAAUGUGGAUGAGCCUGAAAUAGAGCUCAUCAAUACCAGCGAGUCGGAUGAUGCAUCCGACUCGAAGACGACACCUCACGCCUACGGAUCAACCGGGGCGGACACUGCUAGAGCCAGGUUGACUGGCUCUGGUCAACGCGGCGGUAUCAUGACCGAGAUCUUCGGAUCGAGGGAUUGUUUCGACGAAUCUCCGCCUCACGCGAGUCCAUCCAACGAUAGGACGCGUGGGGAUGGUGGUAAUGCACCUAUACAUCACCAAGAGCAAAGUAACUCGAGGGAACGAGCUGUCACUGGUGUCAGUGCUCAUGCUGACACCAAUCAAGAGGCCAGGGACCGAAAUGUCCUGCGCCACGCUCCCCAAAUGGAGUCUCCGUGGAUGCUGCCAUCCAGAGAGUUGGACCGGUUGUCCCGCAUGACAACCGAACUGGAUCGCAUCCCGUUGUUUGAUUGUAGUAAGAUUUGA